GGUGACCACGGUCAAGAAGGUCCCGAGCAGAGCAGGCAGCCGUAGGCCCUCAGUUUCCCCAUCUGUAAAAUGGGGGAGUUGGGCUAGAUGACCUCCCAGGCAGCUCCCACGUGUAUGUUGGCCCCGCCCCCAGAGGUGGGGGUGGGGCUUCGCUGUGGACCUUCCCGCGACCCGUAGCUGCGCCCGCGCAGUAGAGCCCAGGUGUCUGACGGCUUGCCAUCGCCAUGGAACCUGAUGGGACUUACGAGCCGGGUUUCGUGGGAAUCCGCUUCUGCCAGGAAUGUAACAACAUGCUGUACCCCAAGGAGGACAAGGAGAACCGCAUCCUUCUCUACGCGUGUCGCAACUGUGACUACCAGCAGGAAGCCGACAACAGCUGCAUCUACGUGAACAAGAUCACCCACGAGGUGGACGAGCUGACCCAGAUCAUCGCGGACGUGUCGCAGGACCCGACCCUUCCCAGGACCGAGGACCACCCGUGCCAGAAGUGUGGCCACAAGGAGGCAGUGUUCUUCCAGUCCCACAGCGCCCGGGCCGAGGACGCCAUGAGGCUCUACUACGUGUGCACCGCUCCCCACUGCGGCCACCGCUGGACAGAGUGACCCGAGCUCCCCGCCGCCGCCGCACACAGUUUCUUAAUAAAACGUUUUAUUUUUGGCA